AUGUAACCUGACUAUCAAUUAAUUACUAGUUUUGAUAAUGACAAAGGUGCUUUUGAUUUAACGAUAAUAUCAACCAAUGCUCUUGUAAAUGAAAUUAUUUCAAAGCUAGGAGUAUUCAAUUAUAGUUCUCUUGAUAAGAUUCAUCCUAAUCCUAAUAGAAUCUUCAAGCCUCUUAUUAAAUAUGAUAAUGGUACGUAUCAAGGUGAAUAUGAUACAGUAAAAAAACAAAAAGAUGGAAAAGGCAGAUUUAUUUUGUAAAAUGGAACAGUUUAUGAUGGAUUCUGGAAGAAUGAUUUAAAAGAUGGAUUUGGAAGAUUUAUACUCUAUAAUGGAAAUUAUUACAUAAGUGAGUGGAAAAACGGCAAACUAAAUGGAUAUGGGAAAUACUAUUAUAUCAAUGGAAAGAUUUAUGAAGGAUAAUUUUUAAAUGAUAAAAAAGAAGGAAUAGGAUUGCUUACAUGGCAUAAUGGUAAUUAAUACUAUGGAUAAUGGGUGAAUGGUAAUAGAUAAGGUGUAGGAGUAUACACAUUCAAGAGUGGAGAUAUUUUACUUGGAUAAUGGAUGAAUAAUUAAUUGCAUGGUAUUGUGAUGGUUAUUCCAAAGAAUGGAGGAUAAAUUGAAAUAAGGAGAUAUCAGAAUUAUUAGUUGAUAUAGAAACUGCUUAAAAUAGAUAAUGCUUAAAAGUGA